AGAGGAGAAAGCUGGUCCAUGUGCCUGAAGUUAACCUUUACUUAACGUUAUACUGGUCUCGUCAAAUACGACCAGGCCAAAAUGUUAUAACAAUAUUCUGGUUGCAUUGAGACAAGCAUACAACAGAAUGAGAGCUUUUCUCUUUAAAACCCAGCAGCUGAUGAAUAGAGUCUUCAUUCGUCCUGUCAGUCAAUCAGCAGCAGUGCGAUGGCGAGCAGCUCAGAGCCGACUCUGCUGCAGCUCCUGCCCAGACCAGGAAAUGCCCCGACCAUCCAUGUUACGACACCUGACCUCCAAAAUAAAAGCGACAGGUCCUAUUCCAGUGGCAGAGUACAUGAGGGAGGUGCUCACCAAUCCUGUGACGGGCUAUUAUGUGAGGAAUGACAUGCUGGGACCAGACGGAGACUUCAUCACGUCACCAGAGAUCAGUCAGAUUUUCGGAGAGCUGCUCGGCGUGUGGGUCAUCAGCGAGUGGAUGGGAGCAGGUCAACCCAAACAGCUGCAGCUGGUCGAGCUCGGACCUGGAAAAGGAUCACUGGCCAGUGAUGUCCUCAGAGUCUUCAGUCAGCUGCAGUCGGUGCUGAGCGACGCCUCAGUAUCGCUCCACCUUGUCGAAGUGAGUCCAGCUCUAAGUCGGCUUCAGGCCCAGAAUCUGACUGUGAACCGCAGCCAGGAUGCAGACGCUGAGGACGAGCCAGUUUACCGCCAUGGGGAAACCACAGCUGGCCUGCCGGUGUCCUGGUACCGCUGCUUAGACGACGUCCCCACAGGAUUCAGCAUCUUUCUUGCUCAUGAGUUCUUUGACGCUCUGCCAAUCCACAAGUUCCAGAGGACGGAGAAAGGCUGGAGGGAGGUGAUGGUGGACAUCGAUCCAGAGAAGCCGGACCGGCUGAGGUUUGUGGUGACGCCGUCUCCCACCCUGGCCUCGUCCACACUCGUGCAGGCAGAUGAAAGGCGGGAUCAUGUGGAGGUGUGUGCAGAGGGUGGGGUCAUCAUCCAGCAGCUGGCCCGACGGAUCGCAGAGGACGGCGGCGCAGCGCUGAUCGCCGACUAUGGCCACGACGGAACCAAGACGGAUACAUUUAGGGGUUUUAAAGGUCACCAGCUUCAUGACGUCCUGGAGUCCCCCGGCUCAGCCGACCUCACCGCUGACGUAGAUUUUAGCUACCUGCGAAGGAUGGCUGGAGGGGGCGUGGCCUGUCUGGGACCUGUCAAUCAGAGGACGUUCCUAAAGAACAUGGGCAUCGACACCCGACUGCAGGUUCUGCUGAGGAGCUGCUCUGACUCGUCCACCAGGCAGCAGCUGAUCAGCGGCUACGACAUGCUGACCAGCCCCGCCAAGAUGGGCGAGCGCUUCCACUUCUUCAGCCUGCUGCAGCACAGCCGCCUCACCAAGCCUAAGAGAACAGAGGGACUGAAGCUGGAGAAGAAGAAGAGUCCGGUGCCGCUACCAGUGGCCGGGUUCACCGAGCUCAGCUUCUCUUAAAGGAGACUGGUCUUAGACAAUCAGCAGUUCAGAAAAUCUGGAAACAGUUCUUUUCUAGAGAGGUUUAGGGCUGAGAGUUCUGUGAUUUGAUCAUGGUACAGCAUCCAGACAGGAGGACGACACUUCAGAUUUACAGAACGCAUGAAGAUUUGCUUUACUGCAUCAGGUUCUAUAGGACGUCCAAGCUGAUGUGAAGCUAAAAUAUGUAUUUUCUUUACAUCAACUGUAAAAUAAUUGUAACAUAAAAAUACAAGAUUAAAAAUCA